UUAGCCUGUGUACCCAAUCAGCCCCAUGUUGAUUAUACUCUCCUGAUUAUACAGAGUUGGAAGAAGUGCUCAGGGCUCAGGAUGAGGAGAAUUCUCCAGCUUUUUCUCCUGUUUCUUCAAUCCCAAAAAGGCACUCAGAAGAAAGGAGCCAGGAACUCUUGCCACACCGUGGAUGGGAUUGUUAAGGGAGACAUCCUGCUCGCACUGAAUGUCUCCCAAGGGACAGAAAUCCAAGAGAUUGAAUGGAGGUUUAAUUCUGAGAAGCUUCAGCUGCUCUCCCUUCAGCCUGGGAGCCACUCUUUUCUUUGGUACAGCCCCUUGGACAGAUACAAAAAGAGGCUGGAUGCCAUGGAUGAUGGCUCCCUCAUCAUUAGGAAUGUGACUCUCAAGGACAGUGGAUUGUAUGAGGCUCGGGUCUUACUCAUUUCUGGAGUGUUCAAUGUUCAUUCCUUUGCCCUCUCCAUCUAUGAACCCAUCCCUGACCCUCAGAUCCAUAUCCAGUCCCAGUGUCUCACACCACUCUGGUGCAACAUCACUCUGGAUUGCCAAGUCUCAGGGCCUGGGAAAUCUGUAACAAUAACCUGGAGAAGUAGGAACCUCCUGAGUGGGCUGAACCAAGCAGAACUGUCAGAGGAAUCUACCAACUCCAGAACUGUGAGUCUGUCCUUACCCGUGGGUCCAUCAAACUCCUCACUUACCUGCUUGGCCAGUAAUCCUGUGGAUCAGAGAAAUAUCACCAUAGACCUGAAGGAUAUCUGUGCUCUGAAGGACAUCUAUGCUUCAGACAAAGCCCCACAGGAGCCUGUGAAUGUGUACUCCUGCCCCUUGAAGUGGAUUCUCCUGUGGAAGGGGCUUCUCCUCCUUGGAAUCCUCUUGUGGACACUGGGCAGCAGGUUCACCCUGGACAAGGGGCAAACUGAAGAGGGCCCAGCUAAGAAGCGCCAGGUCACAGAGCCCCAGCCACGUCGACUAGGAAAAAACAUGUCAUUAGUCAACAAACAAUGAUGGAAGCCCCCAUCCCCUCCCUCAGGUUCCUCAGCUACCGUUAAAAAAGAAAUCAACAUACUGAAGCCAACCAGGACCCUCCAGCCACAGUUUGCAUGCUUGGCCAAUGGAUAGAGCUACCGUUUGGCCUCCCUCUACUCAUGCCAAGGCUAACAAGAAAGGCUGAGAGGUCUUCCUCCCCCUGAUGUGGCAGAUUACAGAAUUAAUAGUGUUAGAAUCAUUGAUGUAUUAUCCUCCAGGCUGCUGGGACCUCAGGGUCAGUGAGGGAGGUGUCUCUGCCCACAAGAAGAAGCUGGUCAGAAGAGUAAAGUCAUACCUGACUUUGUUCUCCACCAAGGCAUAGUCCUAAACAGACACGAACCUUCUAUUUUAUUCACGAUUUCCCUUCUGCCUUUAUGUCACAGGGCCUUUUCUAUAUGCCCAAGUCACCAAAUUAUAUUUUAGGUCUUGAUAAUGAUGGCAUAAUUCCAUCCACCUGCAUGUUUCAUUCUCCUAGAACUGCCCAGCAGUCACCUCACAGAGCUCUGUGUCCCUGGGCAAGAAUGAGAUUCAUAGGAAUGACUUCCAUGAAGUCUUCCUAGCAGCCUUCCAUUAUGAAGCUAUUAGCUCCAUGGUGGCAGGAACCCUGUAUUAUCUAAUAUUUCUGUAUUACCAAGUACCCACCACAGUGCUUUGCACAUAGUAGGAGAUUAAAAGUUCACUGCUUAACCUAUC